UUCAGUGAAGUUGAAGUGAAAAAAUAGUAUCAAAAUGCCUGUACUAAUAGGAGUUGGUGAGUUUGUGGACGAAACGCGGGAGGACUAUAACUCCCCAACAACAUCUACGUUUGUUUCACGAAUGGGCCAAUGUAGGAAUACAAUAUCGACUCUUGAAGAGACACUGGACUUUGACAGAGAUGGUCUCACAAAAAUGAAGAAGGCCAUUAAAGCAAUCCAUAAUUCUGGAAAUUCUCACGUUGAUAAUGAAAUGUAUUUCUCGCGUGUUCUGGAGAGGCUGGGUGGAAAUGCCAUGAACAAGGACCAGGAACCUGACAUUGGAGCCGCGUUCUUAAAAUUUGCUGUUGUCACUAAGGAGCUAUCGGCGCUCAUGAAAACUUUGAUGCAGAACAUCAACAACAUAGUAAUGUUCCCACUGGACAGUCUGCUGAAAGGAGACUUGAGAGGGGUGCGGGGCGAUCUGAAGAGGCCGUUCGACCGGGCCUGGAAGGACUAUGAGACCAAGUACGCCAAGAUCGAGAAGGAAAAGAAGCAGCAGGCCAAGGAAGCCGGUCUGAUAAGGACGGAAGUCACCUCGGCCGAGAUCGCUGAUGACAUGGAGAAGGAACGACGGCUCUUUCAGUUGCAGAUGUGCGAGUACCUGAUCAAAGUGAAUGAAAUAAAAACGAAGAAGGGAAUUGAACUUCUACAACACCUAGUCGAAUACUACCAUGCACAAACUAACUACUUUCAAGAUGGUUUGAAAACAAUAGAACAUUUUGGAAGCUAUGUAGCAGAUCUAUCUGUGAAACUUCAGAAAGUUCGACAAAAACAGGACGAAGAGAGGAGAAAACUAAAUGAGCUCCGCACUCUUCUCCGUAAUGCACCUGGUCUCGAGAAGGAGACAAGCCACACCCCGGACAAAGGCGCCGGCUACUCGCUUCACCAGCUGCAAGGCGACAAGGGUGCAGGUCUCACCCGCACCGGCCACCUGCUGAAGAAGUCAGAGGGCAAGAUGCGGCGAGUCUGGCAGAAGCGGCGAUGCUGCGUGCAGGCUGAGGGGUUCCUCGACAUCUGUCACGCCGACGAGAGCAAGCCGCCCACGCGAGUCAACCUGCUCACCUGUCAGAUCAAGCGGGUGCCCGACGACAAGCGCUGUUUCGACCUGGUCUCUUACAACAGGACAUACCACUUCCAGGCGGAGGACGAGACGGACCAGCGCGCGUGGAUGUCGGUGCUGGUGAACUGCAAGGAGGGCGCUCUGUUCCGCGCGUUUGACGACAGCGGCAAGGCUGCCAACCCCUCGGCCGCAGCCAACCCUUCCCUCGUCGAGCUGCAGCAGGCCAUCAUUCGCCAUGUGCAGCGGUUGCCUAGCAACGACCGCUGUUGUGAUUGCAACUCCCAGAACGAUACAACUUGGCUGUGCAUAAACUUUGGAGUGGUCGUUUGUAUAGAGUGCUCAGGAAUCCAUAGAGAUCUCGGUGUGCAUAUAUCUAGAAUACAGUCAUUAACUUUAGACAACAUAGGUACUUCUCAACUUCUAUUAGCGCGACACAUGACCAACCAGGGCUUCAACGAUGUAAUGGAGGCAACACUACUCGCUGAAAACAAACCCAACCCCAGUAGCUCUAUGGAUGAGAGGUACGACUUCAUUAGAGCGAAGUAUGUCGAUAAAAAGUACGCGCUAAGAACCUGCUCCGAUGAACAUGAUCUGAUGAGUGAUUUAGAACACGCUGUAAAUAAUAAAAAUCUCUAUCACCUUCUGCAAGUUUUCGCUGAGGGUGUCGACCUCUCUCAACCUCUUCCCACGUCUGACUGUGGCCAGACUGCUCUACACUUAGCAGUUGUGAGAGAUAUGGGUUCAUCAAUUCACCUGGUAGAUUUUCUAGUCCAAAAUAUGUCUACUGCCGCCCUUGAUAAACCCACAUCCUCUUCUGGUGACAGUAACACGGCGCUGCACUUGUGCGCUCUCCAUGACAAGGCAGAAUGCAUGAAGCUGCUGCUGCGCAGUGGGGCCGACCCCUCCCUGCGCAACGCCUACGACAAGACUGCUCUCGACAUCGCUCAGGAGAAGGGCCAUCGUACCUGCGAGGAACUGUUGCGGCAUGCCCUAGACAGACAGAAGUCACUGUUUGAGAACAUAAAUAUCGACUGGAAUCUGUCACAUGACGAAGGCUCCACCGACUUCUCAGAUGACGAAACAGUUAUCGAGGACAGGAACGGGUGUGUGACUCCGGAGAGGAAGCAGCCGUCCCGACCGCCGAGCUACGCGGAGUCGCCUGUCAAUAUGCGAUCGCGCUCGUCGACCUGCGACAGUCUCAAGUCGGGCAGUUAUCGACAGCAAAUGCCCCCGCCACCUCCUCCACAGGGCAAGAAACCUCAGUCGGCUCCUGCUGGCGGGAGCAUAACGACUGGUAGCCUGAAGAAGCGCGCCCCCCUGCCUCCGAGCAGUGUGCAGUACAGCAUGCAGUAUGGCACCCUGCCCAACAAUCACAACCUCAACCACAGUCGCAGCCCCUCCGACCCCAACCCCUCCUACCACACGCUCAACCACCACAAGCGGAGUCCAUCCAACGACUCGUCCAGGGCCAUACAUCUCGCGGGAGCCAAACUAGUCAUACCACCCGGUGAGAUACCAAUCCUGAAGAGUACAAUUCUUGACAAAUCUGGUACAGUUCAAAGGCCACGAGGACCCCCACCCCCCGCACCACCAGGUCCGCCCCCCUCCCGCCUGUCCAACGGCCAAUCAACGGAGAGCAUCAACUCCAUUUCCUCCGACUAUUCAUCCAGUGUUCUCAAUCCGGUGCCUCCUCCAAGAAAGAAGAAAACAGACAGCUCUAAGCUAGAGAGCUAUGCUGAAGAGACAGAGCCAUACUUCUACUGUCCGCUGGAGAAGCAGAGCGAAUCGUCGACGGUGGCGUCGCACCAGCCCCGUUGCAAGGCGCUGUACGACUGUUCGGCCGACAAUGACGACGAGCUCUCGUUCCGGGUCGACGACAUCAUCCUGGUGACGAGUACCAGCACUGAGGACGAAAACUGGGUGGAGGGGAUGCUGGAGCGGGACCCCUCCAAGCGCGGCAUGUUUCCAAUCAGCUUUGUGCAUAUGCUGCCCGACAGUUAGUCACCUCUCUAAUUCACACCCACACAAAGUGACCAUUUAUCUGUAUAUUACCCUGCUUAAUCUAACCAUAUAGAAAAGAUGGCAUAAUAAGCAAAGACCUUGAAGAGAUAUAGACCCGCAAUGCCUAUGCCUUCCCAAUGAUGAAAUAUAACUCUUACUGAAAAGUUCUUACUUGAAAUUGAAGGCCGCCAUUGGGGUAUUUUAGCACGAGAUAUUAUGUAUAUAUGUUUGUAAUAUUAUAGAUUACAAAGGCAUAUUGGUAUGUAAUAAUCUUAUAGGUUGCCCCCUCAAUGGCCGAUUUCAAUUCCAAGUACGACACUAGCGCUGCAUGUGAGUCUAUGCAUCUUUAAGGUCUUUGAUAAUAAGAUAUCCCGUACGGCGUUUGGGUUCCAAAUUUCAUUGUUAUACUCUGCUGUAUUUCACUACUUCAUAAGCUGCGUACACACUUGCGCUUUUCAUUUUUCAUCAGCUGUUUAUAUCUGUAUUUUUACAGGAAACAGUAAAGUACAGGUAUAAUAAGCGUAGGUAGCAUCAGCUGAUAAAAAGUGUAAUGCGCGUACUUGUGGUGCUCAAGCAGGACCUCCUAUACUACCGGACCUGAGCAUGAGGUCCACGCUCUCUAACAGCUGAUUAGUGAUUUUUUCUCAGUAGGAAUUUCUAUAAGACCACCACAUACGACGGCCAUUUUUUUUCUAGGCUCAGGCACUACCU